UCGAGUAAUCGCGAUUCAAGGUAGGUUCCCAGAUUGAAACAUGGCAUAAAACCCUCUGCUUCUUCUCCUCGCAUUGCUAAUCUCCUGCCGCUGUGCACCUCUAUUCCCUGCUCCUCUGUCGGAAUAGAUCUACUCGCUCCAGGAGGAUAGAGAGUUACGGCGAAGUCCCGUCUGCGCGAGCUGGAUUUGUGAACAAUGCCUCUCGCGACCAUCCACCUCGUGUCGCUCUCUCCUUCGACUACCCUCCCCGACUUCCUCGCCGCCGUCAAGUCCUCUCCGCUCAAACCACUGGUCAUCUCCAAGGUGAUCCGCUGGAUCAUCACGCCCACAAAGAUCGACGCCGAAUCACUCCUCCACCCGAAGAAGCCGUGGGAUGUCCUCCUCAUGGUGCUGGGGAGUGAUCCCCUCCCUCCAUCACUGAAGGAGAAGACAGUGUGCCACUGGACCUGCUCGACGGGGAUCCCCAGCCGGUUGACCAACGACUUCCCCGCGCGGAACGAUCGACUCCUGCACCCCCCGGCCUCGGAGGUUCCAGCACUGACGGGUUCGCUGGACAGGCCGCGGCUGGGGACGUCGUCGCAGACGCUCGAACUCAGCGCGGACCUGCAGUCGUGGAUCCAGCAGUUCUCGCGCACCACGGCGGGCCGGUCCCCCCUGUCCAUGCUCAACCUGCUGGCCUUCAAGCCGGACAUGAAGCCGUCGUACCUGACGUACGGCGCCGCGUUCGCCGACUCGAUCGGUUCCCGCCGCGGCGGCAACGCCAAGCUGGUCGGCAACAUCACGCACCAGACCCCGCCGGAGCAGUCGGGCGGCAAGUGGGACGAGUUCGCCCUGGCCAGCUAUCCCUCCAUCAUGCACUUCGCUGACAUGCUGGCCUCGGAGGACUAUCAGGCCGUCAACUUGAAAUACCGCGUCCCGGCGCUGGAGGACACGUUUAUCCUGUGCACGAGCGAGAUUGAGAUUGAGGAUCUCGUCCAGGGGCAGGGGAAGCUGGGGAUCGGGAGGAGAGCCGGGGGUGGGAAACUGUAGGGCCAUGGGUGAGAGGAGGCAGAGGCGAGAAUAAAGUCUGGCUGAAGGCCGGGGCAUAAUGCAAUUGAAUAGCAGUAGGGCAACAGACUGGGACUUGGAGGUGUUCUGUGUGUCCAAGUUGAUGGGUUUACGAGGAAAUAUACACCGAUAUCGAUUCGAGUAUCGUUGAGGUUAUCGAGGAUGGAAUGGAGCCAAAGCGCUCUCUACAGAACCUCAGUAUUGCAAUCCUGAUAUCUGACCC